AUAAUACAACAGCAUUAUCCAAUAUAUCAUCGAAUGUAACAGCGAUUGCCAAUCCAAUAAAAUCACUUUCACUCCAUCUAUGUCCAUCUGCAAGAGCAGCUAACAAAUCUGGUAUUAAUUCAACUGGACUUCAAAACAAUAGUGAAAUUACUCAUCAUAUUCCUAUUGCUCAAUUAAUUCCACCAAGUCAUGAAUUAAAAUCCAUAUCUAUUAAUUUCGAUGCAAAAUGCCUAUCUAAAUUAAACCCAU